CUGUGAUAAUGAAGUCUAUUGAUCCUAUUAUCCAACGAUGAUUAAGUCCAUUAAGCACAGAAUUUGGCCAAUCUAUUUUGGGAUGGCAUUAUCCUAAUAUUUUGUGCGAUUUAUUUAGAAGGGUCAUUUUCUUUGAAUUUUGAAAGCUACAGAUCACGGAUUCGGUAUGGUGCUAUUCUUCAACGAUGAUUAAGUCCAUUAAGCACCGAUUUGGGCGGAUUUCUUCCGGGUCCAUUUUUAGCAGAUUCCAAAAGGGUACCAUCACAGAUUUCAGACGAUUUUUCCGAAAUGGAAUUUUCAUCCGAUUUUGGAGGCUACAGAACACCGAUUCAGCCCGAGGCUAUUCUCCAGUGAUAAUGAAGUCUAUUGAUCCUAUUCUUUACCGAUGAUUAAGUCCAUUAAGCACAGAAUUUGGCCAAUUAAUUUUGGGAUGGCAUUAUCGUAAUAUUUUGUGCGAAUUUUUUAGAAAUGCCAUUUUCUUUGAAUUUGAAGGAUACAAAUCACGGAUUCGGCCUGAGGCUAUUAUUCAAUGAUGAUUAAGUCCAUUUAGCACCGAUUUGGUCGGAUUUCUUCCGGGUCCAUUUUUAGCAGAUUCCAAAGGGGUACCAUAACAGAUUUCAGACGAUUUUUCCGAAAUGCGAUUUUCUUCCGAUUUUGGAGGCUACAGAACACGGAUUCACCCUAAGGCUAUUCUCCACUGAUAAUGAAUUCUAUUGAUCCUAUUCUCCACCGAUUAUUAAGUCCAUUAAGCACAGAAUUUGGCCAAUUAAUUUUGGGAUGUCAUUAUCGUAAUUUGUGGGCGAUUUUUUUAGAAAGACCAUUUUCUUUGAAUUUUGAAGGAUACAAAUCACGGAUUCGGCUUGAGGCUAUUAUUCAAUGAUGAUUAAGUCCAUUAAGCACCGAUUUGGGCGGAUUUCUUCUGGGUUCAUUUUUAGCAUAUUGCAAAGGGGUACCACCACAGAAUUCGGGCGAUUUUUCAGAAAUGCGAUUUUCUUCCGAUUUUUAAGGCUACAGAACACGGAGUCACCCCGAGGCUAUUCUCCUGUGAUAAUGAAGUCUAUUGAUCUUAUUCUCCACCGAUGAUUAAGUCCAUUAAGCACAGAAUUUGGCCAAUUAAUUUUGGGAUGGCAUUAUCGUAAUAUUUUGUGCGAAUUUUUUAGAAAGGCUAUUUUCUUUGAAUUUUGAAGGAUACAAAUCACGGAUUCGGCCUGAUGCUAUUAUUCAAUGAUGAUUAAGUCCAUUAAGCACCGAUUUGGGCGGAUUUCUUCCGUAUCCAUUUUUAGCAGAUUCCAAAGGGGUACCAUCACAGAUUUCGGGAGAUUUUUCCGAAAUGCGAUUUUCUUCCGAUUUUGGAGGCUACAGAACACGGAUUCACCCCGAGGCUAUUCUCCACUGAUAAUGAAGUCUAUUGAUCCUAUUCUCCACCGAUGAUUAAAUCCAUUAAGCACAGAAUUUGGCCAAUUAAUUUUGGGAUGGUAUUAUCGUAAUUAUUUUUGCGAUUUUUUUAGAAAGACCAUUUUCUUUGAAUUUUGAAGGAUACAAAUCACGGAUUCGGCCUGAGGCUAUUAUUCAAUGAUGAUUAAGUCCAUUAAGCACCGAUUUGGGCGGAUUUCUUCCGUGUCCAUUUUUAGCAGAUUCCAAAGGGGUACCAUCACAGAUUUUGGGCGAUUUUUCCGAAAUGCGAUUUUCUUCCGAUUUUGGAGGCUACAGAACACGGAUUUACCCCGAGGCUAUUCUCCACUGAUAAUGAAGUCUAUUGAUCCUAUUCUCCACCGAUGAUUAAGUCCAUUAAGCACAGAAUUUGGCCAAUUAAUUUUGGGAUGUCAUUAUCGUAAUUUUGUGGGCAAUUUUUUUAGAAAGUCCAUUUUCUUUGAAUUUUGAAGGAUACAAAUCACGGAUUCGGCCUGAGGCUAUUAUUCAAUGAUGAUUAAGUCCAUUUAGCACCGAUUUGGUCGGAUUUCUUCCGGGUCCGUUUUUUGCAGAAUCCAAAGGGGUACCAUCACAGAUUUCGGGAGAUUUUUCCGAAAUGCGAUUUUCUUCCGAUUUUGGAGGCUACAGAACUCGGAUUCAUCCUGAGGCUAUUCUCCACUGAUAAUGAAGUAUAUUGAUCAUAUUCACCACCGAUGAUUAAGUCCAUUAAGCAUAGAAUUUGGCCAAUUAAUUUUAGGAUGACAUUAUCGUAAUUUUUUGGGCGAUUUUUUUAGAAAGGCCAUUUUCUUUGAAUUUUGAAGGGUACAGAUCACGGAUUCGGCCUGAGGCUAUUCUUCAACGAUGAUUAAGUCCAUUAAGUACCGAUUUGGGCGGAUUUCUUCCGGGUCCAUUUUUAGCAGAUUCAAAAGGGGUACCAUCACAUAUUUCGGGCUAUUUUUUAGAAAUACGAUUUUCUUCCAAUUUUGAAGGUUACAGAACACGGAUUGAGCGCGAGGCUAUUCUCCACUAAUAAUGAAGUCUAUUGAUCCUAUUCUCUACCGAGGACUAAGUCCAUUAAGCACAGAAUUUGGCCAAUUAAUUUUGGGAUGACAUUAUCGUAAUUUUUUGGGCGAUUUUUUUAGAAAGGCCAUUUUCUUGGAAUAUUGAAGGAUACAGAUCACGGAUUCGGCCUGAGGCUAUUCUUCAACGAUGAUUAAGUCCAUUAAGCACCGAUUUGGGUGGAUUUCUUCCAGGCCCAUUUUUAGCAUAUUCCAAAGGGGUACCAUCAUAGAUUUCGGGCAAUUUUUCCGAAAUGCGAUUUUCUUCCGAUUUUGGAGGCUACAGAACACGGAUUCAGCCCGAGGCUAUUCUCCACUGAUAAUGUAUUAUAUUGAUCCUAUUCUCCACCGAUGAUUAAGUCCAUUAAGCUCAAAAUUUGACCAAUUAAUUUUGGGAUGACAUUAUCGUAAUUUUUUGGGCGAUUUUUUUAGAAAGACCAUUUUUUUGAAUUUUGAAGGAUACAGAUCACGGAUUCGGCCUGAGGCUAUUCUUCAACGAUGAUUAAGUUCAUUAAGCACCGAUUUGGGCGGAUUUCUUCCAGGUCCAUUUUUGGCAGAUUCCAAAGGGGUACCAUCACAGAUUUCGGGCAAUUUUUCCGAAAUGGGAUUUUCUUUCAAUUUUGGAGGCUACAGAACACAGAUUCAUCUCGAGGCUAUUCUCCACUGAUAAUGAAAUCUAUUGAUCCUAUUCGCCACCGAUGAUUAAGUCCAUUAAGCACAAAAUUUGCCAAUUAAUUUUGGGAUGACAUUAUCGUAAUUUUUUGGGCGAUUUUUUUAGAAAGGCCAUUUUCUUUGAAUUUUUGAGGAUACAGAUCACGGAUUCGGCAUGAUGCUAUUCUUCAACAAUGAUUAAGUUCAUUUAGCACCGAUUUGGUCGGAUUUCUUCCGAGUCCAUUUUUAGCAGAUUUCAAAGGGGUACCAUAACAGAUUUCGGGCGUUUUAUCCAAAAUGCGAUUUUCUUCCGAUUUUGGAGGCAACAGAACACGGAUUCAGCCCGAGGCUAUUAUCCACUGAUAAUGAAGUCUAUUGAUCCUAUUCGCCACUGAUGAUUAAGUCCAUUAAGCACAGAAUUUGGCCAAUUAAUUUUGGGAUGUGAUUAUCGUAAUUUUUUGGGCGAUAUUUUAAAAAGGCCAUUUUCUUUGAAUUUUGAAGGAUACAGAUCACGUAUUCGCCCUGAGGCUAUUCUUCAACGACAAUUAAGUCCAUUACGCCACUGAUUUGGGCGGAUUUCUUCCGGGUCCAUUUUUAGUAGAUUGCAAAGAGGUACCAUCACAGAUUUCGGGAGAUUUUUCCGAAAUGCGAUUUUCUUCCGAUUUUGGCGGCUACAGAACACGGAUUCAUCGUGAGGCUAUUCUCCACUGAUAAUGAAGUAUAUUGAUCUUAUUCUCCACCGAUGAUUAAGUCCAUUAAGCACAGAAUUUGGGCAAUUAAUUUUGGGAUGACAUUAUCGUAAUUUUUUGGGCGAUAUUUUAAAAAGGCCAUUUUCUUUGAAUUUUGAAGGAUACAUAUCACGUAUUCGCCCUGAGGCUAUUCUUCAACGACAAUUAAGUCCAUUACGCCACUGAUUUGGGCGGAUUUCUUCCGGGUCCAUUUUUAGUAGAUUGCAAAGAGGUACCAUCACAGAUUUCGGGAGAUUUUUCCGAAAUGCGAUUUUCUUCCGAUUUUGGAGGCUACAGAGCAAGGAUUCUGCCCGAGGCUAUUCUCCACUGAUAAUGAAGUCUAUUGAUCCUAUUAUCCACCGAUGAUUAAGUCCAUUAAGCACAGAAUUUGACCAAUUAAUUUUGGGAUGACAUUAUCGUAAUUUUUUGUGCGAUUUCUUUAGAAAAGGCCAUUUUCUUUUAAUUUUGAAGGCUACAGAUCACGGAUUCGGCCUGAGGCUAUUUUUCAACGAUGAUUAAGUCCAUUAAGCACCGAUUUGGGCGGAUUUCUUCCGGGUCCAUUUUUGGCAGAUUCCAAAGGGGUACCAUCACAGAUUGAGCGAUUUUUCGGUAAUGCGACUUUCUUCCUAUUUUGGAGGCUAUAGAACACGGAUUCAGCCCGAGGCUAUUCUCCACUAAUAAUGAAGUCUAUUGAUCUUAUUCUCCACCGAUGAUUAAGUCCAUUAAGCAUCGAAUUUGGCUAGUCUAUUUUGGGAUGGCAUUGUCAUAAUUUUUUGGGCAAUUUUUUUUCAAAAGGUCAUUUUCUUUGGAUUUGAUGGCUACACAUCACAGAUUCGGCCUGAGGAUAUUAUUCAACGAUGAUUAAGUGAUAUGAUCCCAAAUGGUCAACUAUACAAGCUUAAAUUACUCGACAAAGAAGCUAUCAAAGUUGGGAAGAAGAAGGCCAGAAUUUGGUUAAGUCAGAAUCCGUGUUCAGCGUACAUACUUUGGAGGCAUGGUUCUCUCAAUUGGCUUGGUGUAAAUUCAAGUUUAAGGGGGGGGUUUUUUUUCAGAUCAAGUUUCCAUCUUUCCAAUGGUAUGCUUUUUGGAUCCAGAAGAUGUCAUUAAGGUUUUUUUCCAAGGUCUCAAAGUUGCUACCUCAAAACUGGAAAACUGCCAGGAAAUGGUUCUGGAAACUGUUUUGUGAAGCCUACUUUGGAGCUCAAUUCAAGGAUCGUGGAUGGGAUUCAAGUCAAAAGGCUUCUACAACAUAAAAUUAGAAAUUUUUAUCUACCAAGGGAAGGAAUUGGAUGAAAGAUUGGAGUUCUGGAAGGCCUCGAACGAAAGCGCAAAGUUAGUACGAAAGCUGCUUUUGGACUGUUUGCUGGCAGCUUACUCGGGCUUCAAGAAAGGGAGUUUAAACCCGAAUUUGUGUCAUUUUUAGUGUAUACUUUUACCUUAAUUGUUGCCUAGUUCUAUUAGGAUUGUAUUAGGUUUUAUUUGCCUUUAAAUACCGUUCUAUUUGCGUUGUAAAAACAUAAGACUUUGAUUAAUCGAAAAACAAACCCUUUGGUUUUGUGCAAGUUGCGACUUGUUUGAGUUUGGUGGAUUCCAAGCUUGUGAGCUUUGUAUCGAUUGAAUAUUCUCUUCAAUCAUGGUCGAGCAGCUACCCUUUAAUUCAAUCGAGCGUUCCCCAGGUGUGGAAUUACACUUUUGGUUCCGUUUUAUCCAAAUUCGUAUUAAGGACGCUUCGUUCUUGAUUCGAGCUCAAUCAAUCCUUCGAUUGAGUCAUUAGCUGCGUGACUUUGAUAACAUACACCCCCAGGGGCGUAUUAUUAAGUCCAUUAAGCACUGAUUUGGGCGGAUUUCUUCCGGGUCCAUUUUUGACAUAUUCCAAAGGGGUACCAUCACAGAUUUUGGGCGAUUUUUCCGAAAUAUCAUUUUCUUUCGAUUUUGGAGGCUACAGAACAUAGAUUUAGCUUGAGGCUAUUCUCAACUGAUAAUGAAGUCUAUUAAUACUAUUUUCUACAGAUGAUUAAGUCCAUUAAGCACCAACCUUUGUGGAUUUAUUUUCGGAUGACAUUUACAUAAGUUUUUGGCUGACUUUUUUGGAAAGCUGUUUCCCUUGGAUUUUGUAGGCUACACAUUACGGAUUUGGCCCAAGGUUAUUUUUCGCCGAUGAUUAAGUCCAUUAAACACUGAUUUGGGCGAAUUUCUUCUCGGUUUAUUUUUGGCAGAUUCCAAAAGAGUACAAUCACAGAGUUCAUUGGAUUUUUUUGAAAUGCCAUGUUCUUUCAAUUUUGAAGGCUACAGAUCACAGAUUGGGCCUGAGGCUAUUCUUCAUCGAUGAUGAAGUCUAUUGAUCCUAUUCUCCACCGAUGAUUAAGGCCAUUAAACACUGAUUUAGGCUGAUUUAUUUUAUUUAUGGUGGUUACGAUCGUGCUUAUGAUGAUUAGUAUGAGUUGGUGUUUAGGGAUAAACCCCGACCAUUGAGUUUCCAAAGUUCAAUGAUCAGGAGGAUGCAGGCCUGUGGUUAUAUGUAGCUGACAGGUGGUUCAAUAACCAUCUCACGCGAGAGGAACGGAAGGCGCAACCGGCGUCCUUCUACCUAGAAGGGGGUACUCUGCAGUGGUGGGAAUGGCUGGAGAGGUCCUACGCGGCAACUGAAACACUGAUUACCUGGCUGAUGUUCCAGGAAGAGCUAUGUUACCAGUUUGUCAAAUCGGAAGGAUGGGCCCCAAAACAGGUAGCGGCCAAGCUCAAGCAGACGGGGACUGUAGCUGAGUACCGGGUAGAAUUUCUCAAACUGGGAAAUCAGUACAAGGGGGUCCCGGAGGAGACGUUGGUGGGGUUGUGCAUGGCGGGACUUAAGCCGCAGAUCACAACUACAGUUAAGAUCUUUGAGCACGACUUCUUGAGAACUGCUUUUCGUCUUGCAAGACAUAAGGAGGAGGAGCUAGCUACAUGGAGGAAUGUCAUAGGCCUAUUUGCGAAGGCUAGCGGCGGAGGCUGCCAGGGAGGCAGCGGCGGAGGCUGCCAGGGAGGCAGCGGCGGAGGCUGCCAGGGAGGCAGCAGCGGAGGCGCAUCUGCCGGCGGAAGCAGUGGGACAGGCGCGACGAUAACUGUGGCGCCAUUCAUGGAACGACCGGGACCGGGACCGCGAGCACCUCCCAAGAGGUUUGUCCGGUUAAGUCCCGCGGAGAUCGAGUAGAAGAGACAGGAAGACAAGUGCUUCAAAUGUGAUGAGACGAUUGGACACAAAUGGCGAAGCCAGACUUGAUGAUAUUGGUAGGGCGAUGGGAAGACGGGGUGGAGGAUGAGGGUGCGGAGUAUGGGGACGAGGAGCAGAAAGUCGACCGCCACCCUUGAGGACAGGGUGGUUUGGAAGGAGGCAGGGAAGGGAUGAUAUAAACCUGCAUUUAUAUCUUGCGAAUUGGACUAUUUUGUCAGUUUACCCUUGAGGACAGGGUGGUCCUAAUGAAUUGAGUUGUUGUUG